AUGGAAGCGGACGGUUUCGUGUCCCGGCGAACGUCCGUGGAAACACCGGGCGUUGAUAGCCGGGUUGCAGGCGCCGCAGCCGGGGCAGAGUUUCGAUGGCUAGGCGGCAGGCUACUGGACGCCACUGGGGGAUUUGUUGGGUCUCUUCCACCAAGAAUGACAGGGGAACAGGACUUUGCCCCGGUGCUGCAUCGAGCAACUCCGGAGACCUCGACCUCUGUCGAGCCAGAAAUAGACUAUGAAGGACUGCCUCAGGGAGUAGCCACCAGCACACACAUGCUGGCAGGAGCCGUGGCUGGAAUCAUGGAGCACUGCCUCAUGUACCCCAUCGACUGUGUCAAGACUCGUAUGCAGAGCCUACAUCCCGAACCGGGGGCGCGCUACAGGAACGUGAUGGACGCCCUGCGGCAGAUCGUGCGGACAGAAGGCGUGUGGCGGCCGAUCAGAGGCGUGAACGUGCUGGCGGUGGGUGCGGGGCCCGCCCACGCUGUCUACUUCGCCUGCUACGAGAAGAUCAAGUUUUCCCUCAGUGACGCUAUUCACCCGGGCACCAACAGCCACUUUGCUAAUGGGGUGGCGGGCUGCAUGGCCACAGUGCUGCACGACGCCAUGAUGAACCCAGCCGAAGUUGUGAAACAGCGAAUGCAGAUGUUCAACUCUCCUUACCGCAGUGUGUUGGACUGCAUGGGUUCGUUGCUGAGGCGCGAGGGCCCCGCCGCUUUCUACCGCAGCUACACCACCCAGCUGACCAUGAACGUGCCCUUCCAGGCGCUCCACUUCAUGACCUACGAGUACCUCCAGGAGCUCCUCAACCCCCACAGACAGUACAACCCCUCCUCCCACGUCGUGUCCGGCGCGCUGGCCGGAGCCCUUGCCGCCGCCGCCACCACUCCCCUCGACGUCUGCAAGACCCUCCUCAACACGCAGGAGGCUCAGGCUAUUCACGUGAUCCAGGCCGAGGCGGCGACGGCAGCCGGAGCGGUCGGGGCGGCCGCCGGCAGCCGCCACAUCUCUGGCCUGGGCGAGGCUUUUCGGACGGUGUACAGGAUGGGAGGCGUGCCGGCUUUCUUCAAGGGCGUCCAAGCCCGGGUCAUCUACCAGAUGCCCUCCACGGCCAUCAGCUGGUCAGUCUACGAGUUCUUCAAAUACAUCAUCACCAAGCGGCAGCACGAGAGACGGCUGCGCGGAGACCGUGACGGUGACAAAUAAACAUCUGGCAGGAGGAUUGAGCGUCAGCAACACAAAGGUUUAUUGCACCGUACCGGUCACUGGUGUCGGUAUCGAUCUUACAUCUGAAGGUUUGAAAAAACAAAACAAAAAAAAAACAGAAUUUAGGUUCUUAAAGCAGAAGGUCAACUUUUAUGUUGUUUACUGAGAUCAGUUAAAAACAGUGGGAUCUAGUUCAUAGCAGAUGAGGACAUGAACAGCUGUGAAGAGACAUGUCUUUUAUUAGGCGUGUGGAUUAAAGGUCCAUCACUGCCCAUCCAUAAGAGGAAGUCCUGGUUCCAUGAACCUGCCCCGUUAAAAUCUGAUUCUUUGCUUUCAAAAAGCAGGUCGUUAAUGGAGGCUAAUAAGUAAAAGUUAAAGUUGAGUUUGUCCCUUUGAACAAAGACAUGCUGACUUCCUCUUGACCACCUACAGAGCUGUUUGUUAGCUUUAGACAGACGCUGAACUCCCGCACACUGGAUUAAAGAAACCAUGACUCUGAGGUCAAAGUGCUGACUGAGCUUCAACUCCACAGUGUUUACUUUCACACUUAAUGAACUGUGUUGAAAUUGUAGCCUUUUUAUACAGACCCCCCCCAAAAGGUCAGAAAGUCCUCCACUGACCAACUUAAAGAUGAAAGUCGCCACUUUAACCUCACAGUUGUGAUCCACUGUGUUGGAGCACGGAGCCUAAACAAAGAAGUAUCUCAAUCCAAAUACUGUAGAACUGUAAACCAGGUUCACGCCCUCUCUCAACUGCACAUGUUGCACCUCUGAAUAGUAUUAAAACCGUGUUACCUUCUGACCACAGGGGGGCGCACAGCUCCGCCGCUGUACUGAACAGUGGAAAAACAAAUGGAUUUUACACAGUCAGCAGUAUUGGAUUAGACACUUGUGCUGGUGUACAGGAACAGUAACACUCUCCUCAAGAGGAAGGAACAUUAAAAAAAAAAACACACAAGUUAAACACGGCGGUAAAUUACUGAGAUCCCUCUCUCUCCCUGAGGGCGACGCAGCCUGUAAGUUACUCCUCGUUUUUAUUAGUGAUGGAUUGAAAAACGCUCGAGUAUUCAACCCUUGAGCGGAACAGGUGUGUGAGUGUACGCGUGCACGUGUGUUACGUGAUUUGCGUGAGUUGAAAUUCGGUUUCUGAUCUCAGCGCGGCCCCCGACUCCGCUGUCCGCUGUUAAUCCCACAAGAACACGGCAUCGUAAAGUAAAGAGGAGUCCGACUGCUGGUUCAUUUUUAAAUGAGAUUUUCAUUCUGAAACAUUCAUCAUAUGGACAGUGUCACUGUCAGUAAAGCAGAAAUGAUGCAACAUAUUUUUUGAAAGUCCUUGUUUUACAAAAUUUCAACACUUCAACAAACUGGAAAUGUUGAUGUUUCGUACAGAGAAGUGUUUGUAAACUAAGGAGCUGCACACGUACGUAGGUUUUGGAACAAGAAUCUUUUUAUCACAGGCAGAACAAAAAAGGAAAGAGUGUUCACCUUAGACAAUCACUUUUUUGUUUCAGUUUUAUUUAGUUUUCAUUGUUUAACGCACAGCAUCAUAGCACUUAAGAGCAACUUCUUUAUCUUUGUUAGGACUUUGACACCAGUACGGAGAAUACUGACUACUUCUACACAUGCCUUCAGUUAGCCGCCAUACAUCCAACGCACAACUACUACAAAGAGAUCCUCAGAUAUAGAGAUAAUAUUGUGUUUUGAAGCCAUAAAACAAGAAAGAAAAAAAAACAAUUGUACCUAUUAAAUAAAUAUAUAUAAAUAUGGGCAAAUAUAAACAAACCCAAAAUCUCUAACCAGCUAAGUUUUGGAGCUAACUUGUAUGUUGAAAUGUACAAAUAUGAAACUGUACGAGUUUUAUGAAACAACGCUGUAAAAAAUAAAAUAGAAUUAAACAAAAGCAGGUUUUUGUAGAAAGCGCACAAAAUCCUCAUCUGGAAGGAAGCAAAAAGGAAAACCUGGAUUAAUUUAAAUUGAGACAGACCAUAUAUGUGGGGGUGUGUGUGAGAAAUAAAAUGGAUAAAGAGUAUUUAAAAAUGAUUGUAGGAGAGUUCCUCGUGUUAAGCCAAGUUUCAACAUCAGGAAACCAAAGACUGAGAGCAGCGGGGACGAAACAGGAGAGGAAGCGGUGGUUUGUCAGAAGACGACACUAAUGUGAAAAUGCUUGAACACUGUUUGAAAGCGACACCUGUAUUUUGUGAAAUUGUAAAUAAACUCGCUAAGGCAGCUCCUCGCAGAAGCAGGGUCUUCUCUUGGUGCUGGCUCUCCGAGCGCUGAGAGAACUGAAA